AUGGCAGGACAAGGCCAAGUAUUGAAGACCAAAAGCCAACCUAAAGUUGAUAUCCUGGAAAGGGGGGAAAUAUUCUUCUUUUACAGGCCUAAAGUGGACAAAGAAGGAGCACACAGCCCUGAUGAUGUGCAGAGGUUGUACAUAGUUCUCCGGCCGGAGUCCGGCCAGAGGCCCGUUGAAGAGAAGCAAGACCCACAUUCCGGUAAGGAAGGUGCCAAAAUGGUAUCCAAAAAAGCAGCCGGCAGUACUUCUGGGAAGGAAGGUGCAAGUGAAGGUGGACAUGGAAGCGCGGUAGUCAAUAUAGAGAAGCAACCUUUGCUACGCCUCCUCAUCAUAGGACGAAAACGCCUUCCAGACCCAAGCAAGAAAAGACAACCUUAUUGGAGUUUUGUGGAGUUUGUCACCACCAGAAUUGAAGAUGUGAAAGCUGCUCUUCAAGGAGGUUAG